GCAUUUUCGUUCCAUGGUGCGCUGCGCGUUACUCUCGAGGACGUGAGGAGUCGCCGGCCACGUUCGCGCGAUACUCUCGCCCCGCGUUUCCCUCGACGUGACAUUAGUGGUGUGCACGCGAUCAUCCAUAUGCGAGUGCGGUGUCGCGCAACGACGACGACGACGCCACCGCCGCUACGAGCUCCGCUACGAGGAGAAGCCGUCGAGGAGUCGCCGUCGUUCCCUCGCGCGACGCGUCAUCGCCAUUUCGCCACCGACGCGACCACCGCGAUCGACGUUCGACGCUGGCUAGGCAGACCGGGACGCGCGAUGAAGAAGAGCUGAGUGUGCGGCUCGCCGUCGACCGGGUAUACGAGGGAUGAGCGGUUCGCGGCUUGGCAGAGGCCGAGGCGGUCGCCUGGCUCUGUACGGGAGCUGUGGAGUGGUGGCUCUUUUGCUGAUAUUUCUUUAUCGUGCCGCUAUUUCGGAGAUGACCAGGCUACGGGACCUUCACGAACAAUGCGCUCAUCAGCAGGAGGCUCUCGCCGCCCAACUGCAAGUUAUAUUCGAGUACAAAGUUCGAUUGGAGAAAUCUUUGGCGGAGGAGAAGAGCUCGAAUGCUGCGGUGAAGCAAGAGCUGCAGCAGCGCGCGUCACGGGAGAAGUCUUUGCGCGAUAAGGAUAGCAUAGAGGCGAUGCGAAGAUUCGACUCGCUUCAGCAGACCUAUCAGCUUCUGCAGACGGAGCAUCAGGAUCUACAGGAAGAAUGUAAGAAACAUAAAAAACAAGCAUUGGACGAGACCAAUAAGUUGAAAACGACGCUGCAAGACCUACAUGAUCGCAUCGAGCAGGCGAAAGAAGAGAAGGAGAAAUCCAUGGAGCAUUUGAAGACUAAGUACCUGGAAUUACAAGAUGAGAAGACUCAGCUGGAGAACAAAUACAACGAACUGAUGGCAAUUAAUGGCGGUGCCGAUAGUACCAUCGAUCACCUUAGGAAGGAGGUCUUUCAGCUUCAGCGUGAAUUAGAAAGCGCCAAGAAAUCCUAUAGAAAAAGCACAUCUCCUGAUCCGCCGCCGAUAACUUUUCGGGCGUCUGCGCCACAAUCAGCAUCGCAGAAGGUGGAUUCCAGACCAAUCCCGGCGCCACAACCGCAACAACAGAACGCGGCGCGCGAUUCCGCGAGUUCGCGAAAAAUGGAAAACUCUACUCUAGCGAACAACGCUAAUUUGGUGUCACCGUCUCUUGUCGACAAGGUCGUUCCGCUACCAGCUAGACAAUUGUCGAAGGUCAAAUUACCGGUUGGCGUAUUGCCGAUUCCAGAGCUUAUCGAACAGAAGAUCGACAAUGAAGAAAAACGUCAAGAAGAAAUUCGAAAGCGAGAUGACGCGGCGGCUCACAAUAAUUUGCAACCGCCACCGCCAAAACUCGCUCCGGCCGACAGUAAAGAGGAAAAGGAACCGAUCGUUGAAACUGGUAAUCUUGAUCCACCAUUCGCCGCGAAUCCUCCCGCCGCGCGACAUAUCGGCGAUCAGAUUGUCGAGAGAAGGGCGAACGAUAUUCAAUGGUUCAGAGUGAGACCCGGAGUACAAGAAAUUGGUGAAGAACUCAAUCAGUUAGGUCGUGUUCCUGGAUUAGACGAUGGACAAGCUAACGGUGGUGAUGAUCAGUAUGAUGGUGGCGAUUACGAUAAGGAACCUCAGCAAAAGAAUGAUAUUCAUUUGGCGGAGGGCGAGGAUGAGGGUGAAGAUGAAGGCGACAUGCUUGAAUAUCCGCAUAAUAAUUUGAAGCAAGAUAAGCGAGAAUAAAGUCAACAUCACCAUUCGAAAGUUUUUUAUGUGAUCGACGAUCGAGUUCUAUAAAUGGAAAUCGCCUGAAAAAUAGUAAACUUGACCAAUGUUCACGAUCGUCCCAAUUUCAUCAGCGAAGAAUAUUUAUUAUGUAUUAUAAUCUGCAUGAAUCGUUCAAUGAUCAUCUCAUGAGAAGUUAGAGAACAUGAUUUUAUUAUGUUUCGAAAACUCUCGUGUGAAAUUUUAGGUAUAUGUAUGAUAAUAUAUAUAUACCUAAAUGCGUGUGUAUAUAUCAUCAACGGUACAUUUGAUGAAGAUUUACGCGGUUCUAAUAAAUCUUUUCUCAAGAAUUUAAUACGAGCACAGGCUCUCAAGGAAGAAAAGAAUAAGAUAAACUGUAUUUUUCCAGAUUAAGAUCCAUAGCCAAGAUAUAUGGAGUGGAUUACGUCAAUAGUGAUUUAAUCGCACUUAUUACUUAAGACACUCAUGACUUUGUUAGUAUAAGUGCAUUAAGUUGGACAUGUAUUGCAUUAGCAGAGAUAAUAUUACUUAGCGAAUGCUUUCGGAAUUAAUCAAUAUCCAGAAAAUUGAUUAUAAAAAUGUUUUAUCUAAUGAAUUUCGAAGCUAAUCGUAAAUUAUUUCUUUCUAUAUUAAUUCUAUGUUUAUGUAACUGAGAAUAUAGAUGGCAAUGUUGAUCUUUUUACUACUUGUACAAAUGCAAAAUGCAAAUGUAUAAAUGUAGAUAUUUUGUAUAAAUGUAAAUAAAAGUUUGGGAUAUUUCCCGCCCAAUCUUCUUUUUACAUUUAAAAAAUUUAAGAAAAAAGAUUUCGUGAUACAUCGUAGAUUAUCACACAGCAGAGUUAUAUAUAAUAUUGCAUAAUGUAAAGCCAUCCCUGCUACUGCAAUCCAAUCCUUUUAUAAUACCUAUUAUGGCGACAAUCGAAUUUUUCAAUUUUAUUAAGAGAAUUUACAUUGAGGUUAUUAACUUAUCGUCAAUAAACUUUUAAUCUUGUUUUUUAUUUUAUUGAUAUCAUUCGUUGUCGCAAAUAAUCGUAGGUUGUCGAUUUUUAACAAUAUGGUUAAAAAUAAACGUAUCAUCAAAUUAACAUCCGCUAAUGAAAUAGAUUAAAUCUAGCAAAUCGUGUAAGAGCAAUGGAAUAUUCACGAUGUUUUAUUUAUUUUAUUAUUACCGUAAAUCUUAAAAAUGAUGACUUAAUUGUCAAAAAGAUUUACUUUAAGCAAUUUAUUGUACGAUGAGCAUAGCGUAAUAUUUUGGUAUAGUUUAGAAAUCAGUUAUAUGUAGAUGUAUACAGAGAGGCGUUGUAAUUGUACAUAAACGUUCUUUUCAUAAUAAAAAUGAUUUAAAAAAAUA